AUGGCAGCCACCGUCGCAGCCAACGGGUCAUCCAUUGCCACAGCCGGCCGUCAGGAUCCCAAUGAGACAGCAAUUCUGGCAGCCAAAAUCGCAGCCGAUCCUCCCUACUACCAAGUCUAUGACAGUCGUGAGGAGAUGCUCAAGGUCGUCAGAGAAUACGCAAUAUCCAAAGGCUACGUCAUUGUAAUCAAAAGAUCAAGCCCGGAGAGAAACAUCUAUAUUGGAUGUGACCGGGGUGGCGUUUACAAAGAUCGGAUUCAGGCACCAGACGGACAAAAGCGCAGAAAGACUAACUCGAGACAAACCGGAUGCAACUUUCGAUUAUAUGCAAGGAAAUCCACUCUUCACAGCACCGAUGGCAAAUGGCAUAUCAAAGUGCUCAAUGGUGAACAUAACCACGAGCCGGAGCAGACUCUACUUGAUCAUCCAGGCGCUCGCGUAAUCACGCCCGACCAGAAGAAGAUGAUCAACUUCCUAGUCUCUGAAAACAUGCCGCCCCGCAAAAUUAUUGCCGCUCUCAAGCAGGGGUAUCCCGAUCUUUUGAUCAUUCCAAGGGACAUCUACAAUUUGAAGAUGGCCUGGGCACGGGAAGAACGGCUGAGACGUGAGGCUGAGUUGCCCGAAGCGCGUGCCAAGCGCGAAAAGCUUGAGAAACUCGCCAUUCAGCAUCGUGAACAAAAAGAAGAGCUUGAGCGUGAACAAAAGGAACAGCGGGAGAAACUCGAGAAGGAGCAACAGGAGCAGCGUGACCAGAUAGAAAAGACGGGCCAACUUGAACAGCGAGGGCAGUUUGAACACCGCGAACAGCUUGAGCAACUUCAAGAACUACAACAGCUUCAAAAAUUCGAACAGCUUGAAGAAUUGGCUAAUCAUGUGCGGGGAGGAGUAUAA